AUGUCUAACAACACGAAGGUGACAGAAUUCCUCCUCUUGGGAUUCUCCGACAUCCGGGAGUUGCAGCUGUUACAUACUAUGCUGCUCCUCCUGGUCUAUCUGGCAUCCCUGAUGGGGAAUUUCCUCAUCAUCGCCGUCACUACUCUUGACUGGCACUUGCACAUCCCCAUGUAUUUCUUUGUCAAGAACCUGUCCAUCCUUGACUUCGUCUACAUCUCUGUCACAGCCCCCAAAUCCAUCUUCAAUUCUCUCACAAAUAUCAACUCCAUCUCUCUGCUGGGCUGCGCUGCCCAGGUAUUCUUCGUAUUUUUACUCGGUGGAUCAGAGUUGGCCCUGCUCACAGUGAUGUCCUACGACCGCUAUGUCGCCAUCUGCCGCGAAGAUGUGAGUUUAGCCAUCAGCCUCAGCUUAGUUUUCCUCUGCUUCGUGCUCAUCGUGGGCUCCUACAUCCGUAUCUUCUCAGCUGUGCUGAGGAUGCCGUCAGCCAAGGGCCGCUCCAAAGCCUUCUCCACCUGCAUACCCCACCUGGUCGUUGUCACUGUGUACAUCACGUCUGGCAUGUCUGCCUACCUAAAGCCGAUAUCAGACUCUCCCUCUGCACUGGACCUCCUGGUGCCUGUGUUCUAUGCGGUGGUGGCCCCUACUCUUAAUCCCCUCAUCUACAGCUUAAGGAACCGAGACGUUAAGGCAGCAAUGGGAAGGCUGCUAUGGCCAAAACAUCUCACAAAGGAGAAAAUAUCUAUUGGAUAA